AUGCGCAUGGGCUUCGCGGUGCGAUCCGUGUGCCAGGUCAUCGUGGCUGCUAUUCGGAGAUUGGCGGGGGCUAACUUCGCCCAUUCGUUCGGCAGCACGGGAGGCGAGCUCCCGCACAUGACCUUGCCAUUGUUCAGCGUGCUCCAGCUCCUCGCAUGCACGCCGGCUGGCCAUACGCCUCCGCGGCUGGGAUCCCAGGAGCUGCUCCGGCUUCCCAAGAUGGACCCGCGAGAGGCAUUGCCGUUCGAUUCGCGCACGACAUAUACUUUUACUUUCUACUCCAUGUACCUGGACAUCGCGUCAUGGCAGGUGUGCAACAUCCCAGGCUUGGGCUGCCUCCCGCUCCAGCAGUUUUGGGGUGCGGCCGACUCGUUGCAGGUGGCCGCCCUCUCCUCCCCGACGCUCGGCGGCGGCCCCCGGCCCACGGUCUACUGGGACCUGCGGCUGGCGCGCGGGCUGGGCGGCGGGCGGCUGGAGGACCCGCGCGUGGCCCUGGCUGCCCCCGGCGAGUGGGGAGGCCGUGGGGACGACGAGUCGGACUGCCUCAGCGACGACUCCUUCGUCACGGCCAGGAGCUGGGCCACCGCGGCCUCCCGCGCCGCCUCCCGCGCCGCCUCCCGCGCCGCCUCGGGCGCCGCCACGCCGCGGGGCCCCCGCCGCUCCGGGGCGGGCAGCCGGCGGCGAGUGUGCCGCUGCCUGGCGGCCUUGGCGGCGCUGGCCGGGGUGUCUGCCCUGGCGGUCGGCGCCCGCUGGCGGCGCGGCCGGGG